CACGGCAGCGAGCCCGUGGCCUAGCUGCUCCGCUGCUCGCUCAUUGCCGUCGCCGCCGACGAGCUGACACCAUUCAGGGUCCGCCGCUGCCGUCUCCGCCGCUGCGGCGAGCAGCCAGCGACGCCACACGCCGCGGAGCGCAAGCGGAGCACGCACAUGCUGCUGGGGUUUCUCCGCCGCACCGCCGCGGCCGCAUCGUCCUCGCCGGCGGCGGGCCUCCGACAGUUUCAGGCUGCAUACUAUAGAAGUAACGAGAGGCUAUCACCCGCCCGAGACCAAGAAGUUUCAUACGGUCUUAAUUUGGCCAUUGCUGGAAGAGGUGUUAUUGUAAAAGAUAAGGUCUUCCAUAACUUAGAGACAUCCGAACUUCAGAAAGCUGGUGCUACUUACCUAGACAAACAGUCUGGUAUUCCACUUCAUGUUAGAGGAGAUGUCACUGGCAGGGUCGCUGAUGUUUCAAAAGCUCAAUUUGCAAAGCUUCUGAAACUGGUCACGUUUCACCUUUCAUCCAUCUCAUGUCUAUAUGUUCAAGAUGGUGCCAUUUGUUCAGGAGAAUGUGAUGCAAAGGUCCGAAUCAUUAGUGAUAACCCCUCUGCUGUUAUGUUACUGUCAAAUAUCCUUUGGAAAAUACCAGAUCGUGCGAUUUCCCAUGACACAUCCCCUUUGACUAUAUAUGCUACCAGUUCCAUAAGUAAUAACAUCAAGACUAUUAUUGGUUCUGGAACACAAUAUGCUAAUGGCUUUGCAGCAGCGGACAUUGAACGCGCAUCUCUAAUCCUAUGCGGUAAAGCAUUUGCUGAUUCAGCUAUUGUGAAAGAUGCCCUUACUGCUGUGACAGCCCCGAUAUUAUCUGCAAGAGGCGGCCUCCCUGUUCCAGGCUGGCUUCUGUGCUUUGGUGGUUCUAUUGUAUUAUUGUUUGCUCCAGUGGAGAUAAUCUUGUCCUGCUCAGAAAUUAAGGAUGCUCUAUUGUCUAUUGACUGUGGUGCAGUCAUCUCUUCUAAAGGGUCUACUAUGCUUUUCCCUACCAAGGCAAAGAGGGAGCCAAAAUUGUUUACCAAACCAACUACAGUAAUUAUUGUAUCCUUAGAUAGCACUGGUUCCAUACCAUCAGUAUCAAAGCUCUCUCCUGGCCAGGCUGCUUACCAUUUCUUGGUUGGGUGUCAUGAUGGUAAAUUCAUCCCGGCUUACAGCAGGGGGCCCUCUCCUGCUGACCCACUUGCACUUGCAAGUUCCUUAUUCACACAUUUGAAAGAAGAUGAUACACCAACAUAUCUGAUCAAUGCUAAGCACUCUGGAAAGUACAUUGAUGGCAAGGGGUUUAUGAAACUGUUAGAGAUGGCACUAUCUCAGAAUCUGCCUGACAUCAAAACUGAAGACUUUAGAGUUGGCGAACUUAAGGGGAAGUACAGGAGCUUUCUAUCCAGCAAAUUUGGGAAAAGUUUACCCGAGGAAUUUUCUUUCUAGGAUAUGUACUUUGAUGCUGUAGUGUACAUUUAUCUUGGACUGACACAGAUUUACAUUUUAACUUGAAUAUAUCUCCUAUUCCGCCUCAAUUAAAAAAGGUUACAUUAUUAGCUUAAGUUUCCUCCCUCUUGGCACUUGGAUACUGUAACAGACCAUGAUUUGACUUGGGCUGCAUAUCCAUUUCAAUCAAAAUUUUCGUUAAGCAGCAGAAUGUCGAAAAGUUUCAGUA